UCGAGGUGCCCGGUGACUGUGGUCAGAUGGGCAGCUUAUCGCGGGGCAAGGGCAUGGCGGUGCCAAGCUUAUCCGCUCCAAGCACUUGGCCUCGUUUGGUGCAAGCCACAAGCUGAGACCAAAGAGCGACGAUGCUACGUCCCCUUCGAGUUCGGGCCCAAGCAGCCCGGGCAAUAAACCCAGUCAGGCCAGUCGAAUUACCGUGCGGAGAAAGAGAUCCUCUUAUCUGCAGCCAGACCAGUGAGCCUGAGCGGCUCAGCCUCGGCGGGCUCUUCGCGUUGGAGUUGUGUCGCCUGCCCCCGGUUAUAAUUCACUCUCCCUCCUCUCCUUCCUCCUUUUCCUUCCCGUUCGCUUCGCAUCCUUGCAUCUUCCUCUCAUCAAGCCAGAGCUGUCUGGGCUUUUGCGAAAGACAUGGGUGUCGAAAAAGACGACGGGAUCACCGUCGCCCCUAACAAUGCCGUCUACGAUGUUUCUGCCACUGAGAAGGGUGUCAUGGAGGUGCCCCGGGAGAAUGAGCUUCAUCGUGCGCUCAAGGCGCGCCACAUUACUAUGAUCGCCAUCGGUGGUGCUAUUGGUACCGGUUUGAUCAUUGGAACUGGUUCGGCUCUUGAGAAGGCCGGACCUGGUGCAAUUCUGAUAUCUUAUGCCUUCAUGGGCUUCAUCGUCUACCUUGUUAUGUGUGGUCUCGGAGAGAUGGCCACUUGGUUACCUCGCUCCUCCGGUUUCACUGGUUAUGCUGUACGCUUUUGCGACCCUGCGUUGGGGUUUGCGCUAGGUUAUACGUACUGGUUUAAAUACAUCAUCGUCACGCCAAAUCAGUUAACAGCCGGUGCGCUCGUUAUUCAAUACUGGUUGCCUGCAGAUAAAGUCAAUCCGGGUGUAUGGAUCACCGUGUUCCUGGUUUUGAUUAUCUUCAUCAACUACUUUGGUGUCGGAUUCUUUGGUGAAUUUGAGUUCUGGCUUUCCUCGUUCAAAGUCGUCGUGAUUAUCGGCCUGAUAUUGCUCUCUUUCAUUUUGAUGCUGGGAGGCGGGCCUGAUCAUGAUCGCAAAGGUUUCCGCUACUGGAAAAGCCCGGGUGCCUUUAGAUCCUAUAUUGACCUCGGCCCCGAUGGCAACGGCAGCGAUGCCGGUCGUUUCUAUGCUUUCUGGUCGACCAUGGUCGCUGCGACAUUUGCCUAUCUCGGCACAGAGCUGGUCGGUGUGACUGUUGGAGAGGCCCAAAAUCCCCGAAAGACGAUUCCGCGCGCCAUCAAGUUGACCUUCUAUCGUAUCGUCUUUUUCUACGUUAUCAGUGUUUUACUGGUUGGCACUCUGGUUCCCUACGAUCAUCCGAGACUUAAAGAGGCAAACGAUGCAGGUACCUCCUCAGCCGCCUCGCCUUUCGUCCUUGCCAUUGAAAUCGCCGGUAUUCCCGUGCUCCCCCACAUAUUGAACGCUUGCAUUCUUCUCUUCGUUUUCUCCGCUGCCAACUCCGAUCUUUACAUUGCCACCCGAACCAUAUAUGGUCUCGCCAAGGAGGGCAAGGCACCCAGGAUCCUCACUAAAACUGACCGCCGUGGUGUGCCAUUCGUGGCCCUGGGCCUCUGCUCGCUGAUUGCCUGUAUCGCCUACAUGAACGUAUCGAGCAGCUCCAAGACUGUCUUUGGAUACUUCGUUGACCUUGUCACCAUCUUCGGUCUACUUAGCUGGAUCUCGUUGCUGGUUACCCAUAUCUUCUUCGUGAAAGCUCGCGAAGCCCAACAAGUUCCAAAGAGCGAUCUUGCAUAUACCGCCCCCUUUGGUAUUUGGGGUUCUUACUUUGCUCUUUUCUGGUGCAUUGUUGUCUCUUUCACUAAGAGCUUCGACAUUUUCACCAACGUGAAUGAUUCAUUUGACUACAAGACCUUCAUCACGUCAUACCUGGGAAUACCGCUAUAUCUCAUUCUUAUUUUUGGCUACAAGCUUGUCACCAAGUGCAAGCGUGUCCUUCCGCACGAGGCAGACCUCUGGACUGAUAAGGACAUUAUCGACCGCGAAGAGGCCGCAUAUAUUGCCCAGCAGGAGGCCAAGAAAGCAGCCCAGAGCAAUAAAAAAGGCGUGGCUGCGUGGUUCUACAAGACCUUUGUUUCCUGGCUGUUUUAGCCGUGCUCGGGGUGUCUGUUUCAUGUUUAUACACACGCGAUAUGUAUGGUGUAGCUAUGAGAAACACGCAGUUUAUGAAAACAUGUGACCUUGGA